AAUUGUGUUUGUAAUUUUAAAAUUAUAAUUUGUAUUGCGAUUAUGUUGUUAUUUAUUAAACAUGGAUAUAAAUACUACUACAUGUAGAGGCUGCUUAAGCAUAGACAGGAAGCUCACGCUUAUAAAAGAAGAACUUAGAAACCUGUUUUUAGGUUUACUUGAGGACGAGAACUCCUGUAAAGAGCCGCUGUACCUGUGCUGGGAGUGUGUGGCAUUAAUUAAUAAAUUUAUAAAAUUUAAGAGAAGAGUAAAAACUAUCAAUAAGUCAUUAUGCAAUGUAAAGUCUCAUACUCUGUCACACCUCUGCAUCAGUGACACAGAAUGCAUCACAAACAGUCCAGCAGUGACACACCUGGAUGGAGUGGUCACACAGACUGCAAGACAACCCAUUGCCAUUAAACAUGAAAUUUUAGACAAUCUAGUCACACUAGACACAUGCUUUGUGGAUUAUGUGAAGAGUGGGUCUGUUAGUGAUGAUGAAGACUUCAAGGCUGAUAUUCAUAAUGAUUAUAAUGAAAAUGAUAAAAAAUAUGUAAAAGUACAUACACCAGAAAACUUUGAUGAUUCAGAUGAUGAGCCACUGUCCCUGAAGCCUAAAAAUGUGUUACAAGAUACUGGAAUAAUCAAGGUUGAUGACAAUCAUAAGAAAAGAAGAAGGAAAAAAGAUAGUGCAGGCACAAAAGAAGUCACAAAGACAGUCAAGAAGCGCUCGCGCCCUGAGAAGGCCACCGGCGUGGUGGUGAACAAGAAGGCGAGCAGGAAGCUGGAGCAACUCAACAUGAACAACGGACAAGUGGAGCUGAUACUGCUCAGCUGGGACGAGGUAGAAGAAGAACGCCGAAAGGGCCUGAUUAAUGAGGCUUUCACUCGCCUAGAGUACAAGUGCUUCGACUGCAUUCUAGGCUUCAACCACAGGAGUAAACUAGAGAACCAUAUGAAGAAACAUGACCAGUCUGCGGGCUCAGAGCUGUGUCACGUGUGUAAGGUGGUUUGCAAAGACACCCGUGCCUUAGAAGCCCACACUAGAAGACAUCGAAUCAGAUGGCGCUGUGCGCUAUGCGGCGCGGCGUGGUCGCGCGCGGCGGUGGCGGCGGACCACGUGGCGCGCGCGCACGGCUCCGCGCCGCCCACGCACGCCUGCUCGGCUUGUGAUCAUGUAGCCCCUACAUUCGGCAAGCUGCGCGUGCACAUGAAAGUGCACAGCGAGCGGCAGAAGUGCGAGAUCUGCGGCAAGUCCUUCACCGACCGCUCCUCGCUGAGGACACAUCUAUUCAUCCACAAAGGAGAGAAGGAGUACGAGUGCCCGCGCUGCCACAAGCUGUUCCUGUUCAAGAAGGCCAUGGAGGUGCACCUCGUCACGCACCUCGAGUCCGCGCACCUCUACUGCCAUGAGUGUGACUUGACAUUCAAGAAUCGCAUGUCGUACUACGGGCACAUGAAGUACAACUUGAAGCACAUCGACCCGGCUAAGCUCAAAUACGAGUGUCAACUGUGCGACAAGAAAUUCGCGAAGGCGGCUCGACUCGAAGAGCACAGAGCAGCCAUACACCUGAAGGUGACCCCACACCGCUGCACGCAGCCCGGCUGCAACUUCGCGUGUGCGUCGCGGCCGGUGCUGCGCACGCACGUCCGGAUGGUGCAUCGCAACGGCAAGGCGAUCAGGAACCACGUGUGUGAUACUUGCGGGAAGGCUUAUACCACUAAGAAGUCUCUCGAAGGGCAUAUGCGCGCGCACCGCGGCUCGCGCCCGCUCCGCUGCGCGCAGUGCCCCGCCGCCUUCGGGUACGAGGCCGCGCUCUACAACCACUGCAAGCGAGUGCAUCGGAAGGGAAAGACGUCGAAAUCCGGCGCAGCAAUAAUGGCGGCCGCCGGGCCGAGCUGGGAGGUGCCGCUCGACAUCUCGCUCACCGUCGCAGGCGCACCCGCGGACAACAGCUAGUCGCAUAGCAAUCAAAGCUUCAAGUCGAAUGUCCACGGCCGGUUAAACUAAGUUAGUUAAAUUUAGCUCACAUAGUUACUCACAUAACUUAGUUUAGGUGGCGGUGGACGUUUCGCUUCAUCAUCAGCGAACUAAGCUGCGAAUAAUCUGUCAUCGGCCUUUCUCGUCUAGCCAUUGACGGCAGCUUGUCUUAGAUCGUCUAAAGGUCGGGGGGCUACCCACGCUGCAUUAUAAUAGCUUAAACUGCCUUAAAUAAUAAAAAUUAUGUACAUAUUUAUAAGCAAUAAAAUUGAUAUUUUUUACACAA